UGUAAGUUAUUAUACUAUAUAGUGUCCUUAAAACUCGAUUUUUCUCAUUAUUCAUUCCAAUGAUAAGAGAAUGAUACAGAGAAUCAAUGCCUUGAGCUUAAGUUCUGGUCUAAAUUGGUUCGUUACCUCUCUGAAAAUCCAUGGAACAAACCUCAAAACAUUAAAGCAAUCUCAUUGUUUCAUGAUCAUAACCGGUUUAAACCGAGACAAUCUCAACGUUGCCAAAUUCAUAGAAGCAUGUUCCAAUGCAGGACAUCUCCGAUAUGCUUACUCUGUAUUUACCCAUCAGCCAUUUCCCAAUACUUAUCUGCACAACACCAUGAUUAGAGCUUUGUCUCUCGUCGACGAACGGAAUGCGCACUCGAUUGCGAUCACGGUUUAUAGAAAGUUCUGGGCUUUUUGCGCUAAGCCUGACACGUUUACUUUCCCGUUUGUGUUGAAGAUUGUUGUUCGGGUUUCUGAUGUUUGGUUUGGGAGACAGGUUCAUGGGCAAGCGGUGGUUUUUGGGUUUGAUUCGAGUGUUCAUGUUGUGACAGGUUUGAUUCAGAUGUAUUCGUCGUGUGGUGGUUUGGGAGAUGCACGUAAGGUGUUCGAUGAAAUGCGUGUGAGGGAUGUGAAUGUUUGGAAUGCGUUAUUAGCAGGGUAUGGGAAAGUGGGUGAGAUGGAUGAAGCUAGGGGUUUGCUGGAGAUGAUGCCUUGUUGGGUACGGAAUGCAGUUUCUUGGACUUGUGUGAUCUCUGGAUAUGCGAGGAGUGGACGAGCUAGCGAAGCUAUUGAAGUGUUUCAGAGAAUGCUGAUGGAAAAUGUUGACCCUGAUGAAGUUACGCUUUUGGCUGUUCUCUCCGCUUGUGCUGAUCUUGGUUCACUUGAAUUGGGUGAAAGAAUAUGUAGCUACGUUGAUCACCGAGGGAUGAACAGAGCGGUUUCGUUGAACAAUGCAGUCAUUGAUAUGUAUGCGAAAUCAGGGAAUAUAACGAAGGCGUUGGAGGUGUUUGAGAGUGUUAAUGAGAGAAAUGUGGUUACUUGGACUACUAUAAUAACUGGGCUAGCUACGCACGGGCACGGAGCUGAAGCCUUGGUGAUGUUUGACCGUAUGGUUAAAGCUGGUGUGAAACCUAACGAUGUUACUUUCAUUGCAAUCCUUUCAGCUUGCAGUCAUGUCGGUUGGGUCGAUCUUGGAAAUCGGUUUUUUAACUCAAUGAGAUCGAAGUACGGGAUUAAUCCGAACAUUGAGCAUUACGGAUGCAUGAUUGAUUUGCUAGGACGAGCAGGUAAACUUCGAGAAGCGGAAGAAGUUAUUAAAAGCAUGCCCUUUGAGUCUAAUGCUGCAAUAUGGGGAUCUCUUCUUGCUGCUUCAAAUGUUCAUCAUGAUAUUGAUGUUGGAGAAAGAGCUUUAUAUCAGCUGAUUAAGCUAGAACCGAAUAACAGCGGUAACUAUAUGCUUUUAGCUAAUUUAUACUCGAAUUUAGGGAGGUGGGAUGAGUCGAGGAUGAUGAGGAAGAUGAUGAAAGGGAUUGGUGUGAAGAAACUGGCUGGUGAAAGCUCCAUAGAAGUUGAAAACAGAGUAUAUAAAUUCAUCUCAGGGGAUCUUUCGCAUCCUCAAGUCGAAAAGAUUCAUGAACUUCUACAAGAGAUGGAUUUGCAGAUACAAAGCAAUGAAGUUUGAGAUAUAAAAGGAUUUGAAUUUUGAUCAGAUUGAGUUGAUUAAGGAUCAACCGAUCAACAAUGUCUUCUCUUCUCUGAGACCUGAAACCAGAGGAGUGUAGAGUCGUCAACGCGGCUGAUUCAGACCAAAGGAGGUGAAAGAGAAGCUGAUGGUUAAUUCCGGUUCCAGUUAAGAACAAAACAGGAGGAGAAAAUUGGAAAAUCUGCUGAAGAAGAGAGAGGUCGUUAGUUAUGGCGCGUAGAUGAAUGGGCAAAUCGAAGCCUCUUUUUCUUCUGGAGGGUUUCGAGUUUAAGCUUAAAGGCUUCAAGUUUCGGCCCAACUAUGGCCCUUUGGCCCAUAUUAAAGCCUUUUUCCGGAAAAUAAAGAUGCUUAUUUAUAUUCUCA